UAUUUUCUGAUAAUACAUCUUUUUCGUUCCACAAAGUAAUAUAAAUUUGUGUUCAGAAACGUACAUGAUGAGCAACUUGAAAUUCAAAAUUCUCUGCCAUAAACAAAUUCACCAAUCGUUAGAACCCUAAUUCUUCUUCAGAGUAAAAGAGUUGAAAAUUGUUAAAUCCCCAAAUUUUAAUCAGUAAAAUUCACACUCUCCAAUCAUAUUUGAGCGGGUAGAAACUCGUGCGUGGAUUUACCCGCGCUCAGAUGAUGACGACGACGACGAGGAAAACCAGUAGCUGUGCCAUAUGCGAGACCUCCAAUCUCGCUUCGAUUUGUACUGUUUGUGUUAAUUACAGGUUGAAUGAGUAUAAUGGCAAUUUGAGGUUAUUGAAGAGUAAGAGGGAUGCACUGUACUCAAAACUGACUCAAGUUCUCGUCGCGAAGGGCAAGGCUGAUGAUCAACAUAGUUGGAGGGUGCUUCAUAACGAGAAAUUGGCGAGGUUGAGAGAUAAGCUCAGACAACGUAAAGAACAGAUUUUACAAGGGAAGGCUAAGAUUGAGAAGAGGUCUCAUGAUCUAAAACUAAAGUAUGAAUUGCUUGAAUCAGCAAUGGAUACGAUGGAAAAGAACCGCUUGGAACAAAUUGAGAAAUAUUAUCCGAAUCUUAUCUGCACACAAAGUUUGGGGCAUAUGGCAAUUACCUCCGAACGCCUUCAUAAACAAUCCGUUAUUAUAAAGCAGAUAUGCAAGUUAUUCCCCCAGCGCCGGGUAAAUAUAGACGGGGAGAGUAAAGAUGGAUAUGGUGGUCAAUAUGAUACUAUCUGCAAUGCACGCUUGCCGAGAGGCUUAGAUCCCCACUCAGUUCCAUCAGAGGAGCUUGCCGCCUCGUUAGGGUACAUGGUGCAACUCCUAAAUCUUGUGAUUCACACUGUCUGCGCUCCUGCCCUUCAUCACUCUGGGUUUGCGGGUUCUUGUUCUCGAAUAUGGCAGCGGGAGUCAUAUUGGGAUGCUCGUCCAUCACCUAGGAGCAGUGAAUAUCCGCUUUUUAUUCCUCGCCAAAACUUUUGCACCACUGGCGGUGAAACUUCAUGGUCCGAGAGAAGCUCAAGUAAUUUUGGUGUUGCUUCAAUGGAGUCUGUGAGAAAGCCUCGGUUAGAGUCGUCUGGUGGCAGUUUCAAUUAUUCUUCCGCUUCUCAACAUUCAGUUGAGAUACACAAGGAUUUGCAGAAAGGGAUAUCACUCCUCAAGAAAAGUGUGGCAUGCAUAACAGCAUACUGUUAUAACUCACUGUCCUUAGAAGUUCCCGCAGAAGCCUCUACUUUUGAGGCAUUUUCAAAGCUGUUGGCCACACUUUCUUCUUCCAAGGAAGUUCGAACUGUUUUAUCUAUGAGAACGGUGUCAUCAAGGUCCAAACCUGGCCAACAACUGAAUACAUCUGUAUGGAAUGUGGAGUCGGCUUUUUCUUCAAGCACUUUACUGGAGAGCGCGAACGUGCUGCCUAUAAUGAGAAAUACAUUUGAUAAUUAUCUUCCAAGCUCUGCUGGCAGUUAUCUUUAUGGUAAUGAAUUUGCUGAUUUGGGAAAGAAUGAAAACUUAAUUGAAGGAUGGGAUUUUGUUGAGCAUCCUACUUUACCUCCUCCUCCAUCGCAUACUGAAGACGUGGAGCACUGGACUCGUGCUAUGUUCAUAGAUGCAACGAAGAAAUGAUAUCAGUUCCCCUCGCCUAAUGUGCUUCGGCAAGCUGACAACUUUGCUUGACGAGGACACACAAUAGGGAGAGCUUGAAGAGUCUGAACAGGUUCAACAUUCAUUGCAUGUAAAUACACCAAGUCUCGAUCAGAAACGGAAGUUGAGGUAGAAAAAUAUUACUUCUUACAGUGCAUUAUAUAUAUAUAUAUAUAUAUAUAGAUACAUAUACACACACGGUGAUAUAUUUAACUUGUGCAUUGCCAUUUCUGUACAGAAACACAUUGCCAUUAGUAUUAGAUCGAUUGAUUCUACAUGAAACGAUAGUUAUAACUUUAUGACUGGCUUUCAAGCUCUUUUUCGAUUUGGAAUUUUUGAUUAUGCAUUUCAUUCAAUCUACUAUUUCAUUUCGGUGUUUUUACAUUAAAUAAACUGGUAUUUAUGGAAGAGAAUAAGCAUUGAUCGCACGAAUACCGUCAGAUGCAAUACAAAGAUGUAAUUAAGCAGUUGUCCCCAAAUGAUGUUAUUGGGUACAUUUAUAACGUCUCAAUAUCCCAUGAAAUCGAUAGUACUUC